AUGGCCAGCACAAGUUUGACGGCGUCGUACCUGACGCCGGACCCAAGCUUUAAUUGGUUUUUUCUUCUGGAGCUUAUCGUCUCAUUAAUUCUUGCCUUGUUUUUCCUUCUCUACUUCAACCGAUUGUUCGCGACUCUCCUAUCAUAUGCAAUCCGCGCAUACACCUGGCACUAUUACCGCGUCUACGUCGAUAUAAAUGCGCUUCAAGUCUCAUUGCUUGGUGGGAGGGUAUUCUUCAAGGGAAUUCGAUAUCAUGGCGAAAACGAAACAAUCUUCAUUCAUGGCGGGUUCGUAACAUGGAGGUAUUGGAAACGCAAUGUGGAGCGGACAGAUCUCUCAGAAGUUCGGCGCAAGACAGGUGACCUGGACGGAUCUGAAGAGAAGCCAAGCGGCACUGCUGGUGACCAGAAGAAGGAUAAUGGCCGUGGAGAAGAAGGCGGCGUGGAAAAGGCUACUGAACUUCCCUGUCGCGUUUCAAUUAAGGUCUAUGGGUUGGAGUGGUUUAUAUACAACCGCAGUCCGGCAUAUGAUAGCAUCCUGGCAGGGUUUGGCUAUACACAAGGCGCCAGAUCGGACGAGGACGAGAAUAGUCUCUAUGCCCCAGCUUUUCCGGAUCGUCAGCGGACCAACAGCACAGUCAAUAUUCGGCCUGGAGACGGAAGGAAACCGGCCUCUGAUGAUUCGUCAGAUCGCCAUACCGCUGAGGCAAACGACCUGCGAUCCCGAAAAACAGAUAUUCGCCAGGCCGAGCUGUCGGAGUCUGUUUCGACUAUGCUUGAGUUCCUUCCUAUGAAGCUGGACUGUACUAAGGGAGCUAUAGUGCUUGGAAAUGAGAACACUCGGUCUGUGUUGACCACCACUUUCGAUAGCGCGACGGGGACUAUCGCCGCCUGCAAUGCGGGCCCUCUUGACCUCUACCGACAACUCUUUGCGUUCAAGUUUAACCAUCCUGUCAUCCAGAUGCGACCGAAUCCCGAUUUCAAGCGGACUCAGCUGGCAGCAGCCAAAGUCCUGAGUACCGCGGACCAGGAGGACCCCUCUCAGACCAGGAAACGUCAGAAUCCAUUCAGCUACCGAUUUCACAAGCGCAAGAUAUGGCAUGGAAUCCGUGAUCUUGUCCCUUAUUUCCAAACUUCCGUGGAGUCUUUCCAUGCCAGUAUCAAGCAAGCAGAAAACAUGCCCAGGAGCCAGGCAGAGUUUCCGGAGGUGCACUGGACCGGACUGUCCCGGUACCUGGACCAUGCUGAUGCCGAUGACCAUGAACAAUGGAACUCGGUUGAGUAUGCGAGGUAUUCAACAUUAAUCGACAGCCCCAGCUUGGAUUUGACCUAUUUCUGGGAUAUUCCAGGGCGGGUUGGUCCUCAGCCCUUGGCGUCAACGCAGCCUGACCGGGGUAUUGAGAAUAGCAUCAACCAUGCAAUCCCUCCAGAAUGGGGCAUUGACAUGAAGAUCGAUGGCGGUACCAUCAAUUACGGACCAUGGGCCGAUAGAGAAAGAGUUGGCUCGCAAAAUGUCUUCUUCCCGAACUUUUAUCGGAGUUCCGACCCUGCAGAGCAGCUGGCACCGGGUGUAUUGAGACAGAGCACUGCAUUCAAGUUGCGUAUCGAGAUCGUCUCCGAGCUUACCCUUCGCAUUCCCACUCGAGAGCAAUCAAAAGAUUGGCAGUGGAAAGGCCGCGCUGAUGCCAUCCGGGGAUCCUCGAAGGCGAAAAUGCAACAGGAGGGGCGGAAGUCCCGCCCAAAAGAAGGCGAAAAAGGACAUCUCGGUCCCGACAUUCGUCCUUUUGGCUGGCUAUCUCUUCGCGUGGGGCCCGAUUCUUCCAUCAACUAUGCCAUGGACAUGGUAGCUUCUACCCUAGGAUUUCACAAUGAAUUGACCCUCGACCUGCGAGAAUCAAAACUGUCUUCAAGUGUGAACCAUGGACUUCUCUGGCAGUGUUCUCGGCAGCUCGUGACAUGCGACUUGUCAAAUCCUCUCGUUUGGAACAAUCUUCGCUCAUGGAAUUUCACUGUCGAAAGUCAUGAUUUAGAGCUAUUCCUUUUGCGGGAUCACAUUUUCUUGUUGACCGACCUUGUGAGCGACUGGGCAUCGGGGCCGCCAUCUGAUUACUAUACCUUUGUGCCGUUCAUCUAUACCAUCGACCUUGUUUUCUCGAAUGUUCAGCUUUAUGUGAACGUGAACGACCGAAACAUCAUCAGCAACCCGACCGACUUGGAGGAUAACCGAUUCAUUGUCAUCAAGGGACGGAAGUUGACGUCUACUGUGAUGAUUCCGCUCAACAAAUACCAGCCCGACCAGAAUGCCGUAGAUUUCAAGGUCAACCUUGAAGAAGGAGGCGUGGAUUAUCUCACCCCUGUUUGGGAUACGUUGCAUGCAUUCCUGCCAGGUAAAUCCAUGGCCACACUAGACCAGCUCUUCAUUGAUGGGUCUUACAACUAUUUCCAUAUUACCUCGCCAGAGUUGACGGACACUCUGAUCCUCAAUAUUGAUGGAGGUUCGCCCCAGCUGUAUCUCUAUGGGUUCUUGAUAAAGAGCUUUAUGACUGUACGAGAAAACUACUUUGGGGAAGAGAUGCAUUUCAAGACCCUCGAGGAAUAUCAAGAUAUGGUCUAUGCUGAUGAACCACAUUCAAACCCCACGGGAAUCAAUCCGAAUCGGAAAUCCAAUGAUAUGGAUGUGCUUGUCCAUGUCACCGUGGACAGUCCUUGUGCCCUGCUUCCGGAGAGCAUAUAUGAUCAUCUGAAAUGCUCCCGACUGUGCGCUGCAUCCCUCGAAGUAGACUUGCGCUUCACCAACUACUACAUGGACAUGCAGCUUUCGAUCAGUCCGCUCAAGAUUGACCUGCAAUCAGCCCAGCAGGAUGGCUCAACGUCAAUAUCAGGAACUCAACUGUUCAUUGAUGGUGUCUCGGCCUACGGUCAUCGUCUUUUCGGACUUCCACCCACAGAGCCGACUUAUGUUUGCAACUGGGACUUUGAUGUCGGGCGGAUCCUUGGAGAAUGCACUACAGAGUUUCUUCAAUGCCUGGCUUCUAGCCUCAAAAGCUUUGAUUUUUCAUUCGACAACGAGGAGAAUGCCCUUUCUCCACUUUUCCCUCCUAUCCUACAUGACGUGACUUUCCUGAGAGCGAAGAUUAGCUCCAUUCAUAUCUCCGUGUUAAUGGAUCAAGUCGCUGUAAUCCUCAAAACUCGCCCUAUCACGACAAAUUUCAAUGACUGGGCCAACUCUAAGUUUUCGAAAAGAAUGAGCUUGUUGGUUCCUGACAUCACAAUCGCUGCCGUUGAUCGCAAUGAUGUGGCCCAGGCUCUUCGUUCGCCCGAGAAAAUUGUCAAGUCACUUGGUCUUGUUCAAUCGACGAUUGGGCUCAGAAUGGCCUCGCGCAAGAAAGACAUCGGAGAGCAUCGUCGUCUUCAACAGGAACAUAUCAAGGCUCAUGACCAACGAACACACCGAGCGCAAUGGCUUCUUUUCGAUUGGGAGGAGAUUGGGCCAACGUCAUCAUUCCCUCAUGAAAAGGAUGAUAUUCCUCCUACAAUGGCGAUUCCAUCAAUGCCAGAGCCUAUUCAAGGAAGGUUUGACUCAAGAAGUGUACCGUCAUACCGGGAGUCCGCAAGGACUCAGACGCCUAGCACCAGCUCUAGAGGAUUCCUGGUUCCCUCUGAGACAUCGAGCCUAAGAAGUGCCAACGCUGCGAAGCAUAAACUGCGAACCCUGUCUAGCUCAGAACACACACAAAGACCAGAUCCGCCUGUUCGGGAUGCGAGUUGGGCAAGUCGGACAAGAGACAGCGAGAGCACUGGCUACCUUACUCCUAGGGCAGUUCCAUACUCUUCGGGUGCGAUCAGAGAUGCAAAUCCGUGGAUUUUACCACAGUUUUCAUAUUACAAACUUUCUCUCGAUACAUCAGAACUCCCGUCGCCGAUGGACAGAGAGGAAUUCGAGAAAGAGGACACUGAGACAAGCAACAGAUCCAUGUUCCUUACUUUCGAUGAUGAUCAAACCACAUAUGUCAACUUAGCCAUUGAUUUGCCAUUGGGGAUCAGGGGAUUCUGUACACCAAGGUUUCUUUACAGUUUGGCUUCUGUGUUUGAUGGACUGGAGCCCAAGCAUCCAAUUCAAAUCAUGGAUUCUCUUCAGAAAGAUGUCAUUUCCGACAUUGUGGGCUACGACAAAUCCAUGAGUCAGCCGAAGAAGACCACUGCUGUCUCGCUGCGUAUUCCAACCAUACAGCUAAGACUAGUUGACGUUACCGUGUCUCCCGAAAACCGGCAAAUCAAGUUUCAAGACAUCUACACCAUUGAGCUUCACCAGCUUCGAACAGAGUUUCAAAGAAGGGUUCAGCGACAAAAAGGAGAUUUACUUGAAGGCCUCAAGCAGGGUAUCACAGUUCAUGCCGCGGCGGAGCACGCUGCCAUCGCCGUGGAGGGUAGCCGAGCAGACGCAUUCGAAGAGAAAGCCGUGUUUAAUUGCGACCUGGGUGACAUGAAUUUCUGGCUGGUGACAACCCCCGAUAUCCGCUCCCAUCUCCAGAUGCGACAUUUCAACACAGUCACCUCAGCCAAGUCCGUUGAGGGCCUAGCUUCACUUGUUCGUCGAGCGACAACAAUGUUUGAUUCGGUGGCAUCAUCAUUCCAACACAUCUCCUCUUCCAGCAAAAGACGCCUACAGCUGUUGAUCUACUUCGUCACGCAGUCCGCCGCGGAUAUUCCAGACCCGACUUUUUUGACUCGUAUAUCUUACGUUCUCAGAGUUACCUCGUCCCAUUUGCGACAACACGAUUCGUGGAAAAUUAUUUCUCGCAUUCGCAAUGUUUACAAGAACUUGCCAGUGCAUCUCAAACGAGAGCUUGAGCGAAAUUGUCAAAGUGAAAGAUUACAAUUGCCUCCAAAUGCAAAAUCUACAGUCUUGACUGGCUUCGACCAGUGGCGAGCCUGGGACCUCGCUCAUGUCGAGAAAAGUUAUGUCAUGCGCAGAAUCUGGUCGACGCCAGAGCCUCAGAGUGCAACAAUACAGCCGUCCCUCUCAUUGUCAUGCACAAUUAAGACCUUCGGGUUUUUUCUGGACCCGGGCCCAAGAGAAAGUGAUCUUAUUGUCGAGAACUUGUCAAUUAUCACAUCACUCAUCCCAGGCAUGGCAGUGCAAGGGCAGCACCCGGAACAACACAAGGAGAUUGUCAGUUGUCAACUAUACAGUGCUUCUGCGGCGCUGCGCCUGCGAUGGGAGAUUGUGGAUCUUGUCGAAGGAGUCUUGAAAGUUAUGUCAAAUGUCACACUUGAGACUGCAUCUGCGAAAGAACCCACCAAGAGCACAGAAAAGAAGCCCACCGAGCUGCAUUUCAUGUUUGGCACGGAUUUUGGUUCUAUCACUCUUGAUGGAGUCAAUGUCAAACUUGCUUUGGUGUCUAAAGCUCUGCGUGGUUCCAUUGUACACAGCCUUUUUGGAACUAAAACCGCCACCAACGAAAAGAUUGCUUUGCUAUUCACUGCUGGAGCAUGCUCAUCGGAGCUUUUGGGCCAAUCCACCACCCUGAUGCUCACAAGGAUUGCUGAACCUUACUUAUAUCUCUCGCUGCUUUCCGAAGAGGAUGCAAUUGAAUGCAAGCAAGAGUGGAAGGCAACUGGUUCUUGCAAGAAGCUUCGCUUUAACAUUAUGCAAGACCCAGUCAGCUUGGCACAUACUGCUGAUCGAUUGAUAGAGGAUGAAGUUUGGUACAUUCGACGGCUCGUUGAUAACUUCAAGCUUCCUAAGCGAGAAAUCGAUCAGACUUCAGUCGCUUCCAAGAAGCCAACUCACGACAAUAUCAAUGUCGCGAUGUUUUUGGAUGAUUACAAACUGAGCUUCAGCCUACUACCAUCUUUGACAUAUCUCAUUGUCGGCGACGUGGCACGCAUGUCGGUCAUGCCUACUGAAACAUCCAAGAUUGAAGUUGAUUUUGAUGUCAAGAAGAACUCACAUAAAUUCAUUUCUGGCGAUGGCGACAAAUCUCGUACUUUGUCAGUUCUUGAGAUACCUCCUACCAAUGGUCGAAUUCUUGCAAACCUUUUACCGGAUCGCAAAGAGGUGGAAGUCGAUAUGACCAUUGAGCUCAUCCAGCUGGAGGCCAGUGCCGUACGCAGUCUUCUGGCUGUUUUGACCGGUUCCGAUGUCUCUCAUCUUCUCUCGGACCUCAAGCAGAACGUCGACGUCCUCACCUCCCAUCUAAGUGACGUGCUCGCGUUGCACAAGAAAUCCCCAAAGCCCAAGUCAACUUCAGAAACUUCCACCAUUCUGUACAAGUCUCGUCUUACAAUGGCCGGCAUUGAGAUUCACGCCAUCGCUCCUGGCUUGAAAGGGAGAAGCUACGCUGCAGAGAUGUCACUCAGUCUGGGCAUGAUGCAGAUGCGGCUCCAAAAUGGGUUUGAUCGUGGAUAUUCUAUGGAGUACCCGGAGUUCAGCGUGGAUGCCUCUCAGAUCAGUUUCGAGCUACGCAGACGCGAGAAAUCCAGAAGCAUGUUCUAUGGCGGGCUUUCUGCGGCGGUCAAACUGCUUGGAACCUCGACUGUCCGUGAGAAUGGGGAAGUUAUGCGAGCAUAUCAUUUCACGAGUAACAAGUUCGACAUUGAGCUUUUCGCGGAGACGGCUGCUCUGGUAGUCGACAUUGCGAUCUAUACUCAAGAGCGGAUUAAGACUUUGGAUCUGUCUCACGAGGUCAAGCGGCUUAGAAGGCUGCGGCACCGUAACCAGACCAAGGUACCAGAAACGCCGUCCGCGGCGCCCGAAAUCCAUGUCAAUGAUGAUGCUACGCCACAGACCUUCCUGAACGCUCUUUACUCUUUACAGUUCACAGACAUUCAAGUUGCAUGGAACAUGUCCUCAUCACUGUCCAAUGGCGUGGGUCGCCAGCCCGAGGAUCUGGUCUUUUCUAUCCAGCAGGUUGAGCUGUCCAACAAGAAGAAAAAUGCAGCGAAGCUUCGAAUUGGAGAUAUGCAACUGCAAAUGGUACCAUACCGCGCAGACAGGAAGAAACGUUCUCUGAACUCCGCUCUCAUGCCCGAGCUGGUUUUCAACGUUGCCUAUUAUUCCAGUGGCAGGGACAUAUGGCUAGCUUUCCAUGCUGCUGGCAAGUCUCUCGACAUUCGGGCGACAUCUGAAUUCAUUAUUCCAGGAAACAUGAUUCGAAAUUCGAUUGCCACUGCAUCUGAGGCGCUACGAGAAGGCAAAGCUGCCUGGGCCACAAAACCGGCCCCAGAUGAUGAGAGCAGCAACAAGGACCGUUGCCUUUUUGGCAACCGUCGCUUGCGAUCUGUUUUUGUCGAUGUUGACUUUGCUGGUGCAACCGUCUCGCUUCAAGGCAAACAAGGACACGAUUCUCAAACAUUGUUGACUGCCACCCUUAAGGGCAGCCGUCUCGCAGAAGGCAAGUACGGACAGUUCGUUCAAGGUGAUUCGGCAACUACAGCAACUCUUCGUGCACCUGGAGUGGCCUUGAAAGUACACUUCGAGGACAACGGGACAGAUGAUCCCGCCCUGAACGCUGAACUGAAGGUGGAUCCAUCCACAAAUGUGUUAUAUCCAACAUUGGUCCCGCUAGUCAAACAGAUGACUGCCACGGUCAAGGAAAUCAUGAGCGAGCAACAGAACCAGCAGAGCCAGCAGAUUCGGCCUCGUCGCCCCUCUACUCCGUCCAAAUUGCAACCACAGAAGCUCAUGCAAGAGACUCCGUUCGGAGCACCGGAUCCCACCUCAAUUCUUGGGCGGUGCAAGGUCAACCUUGGGCUGCUGUUCAAUAAGCAGGAAUUCAGUCUAAGCUGCCAACCGAUUGCCAGGGUUGCAGCAACAGCACGGUUCGAAAGUGUUUAUGUGACUGUCAACACUGUGCAAUCUCCGGAACAAGGUCGUUUCCUUGCAUUGUCUUUGGCAUUCAACAAACUUGAAGCUUCAGUAAAACACGUAUACUCCAACGAGUCUACGGCAAGCUUCGAGGUCAAGUCUAUGGUGUUGUCACUCAUGAACAGUAAACAUCUCGGUCGAACAAGUGGGAUGUCCGCCAUCUUGAGGGUCAGUCCUAUGAAAGUCUCGCUGAACGCCAAGCAAGUCCAAGAUUCUCUACUGUUCCGGGAAAUCUGGCUCCCAUCCGAUGAUGAAUCUAGCCCGAGCGCAACCCCAGAGCCAGCGUCACCUGAGACACAACAGCCUUAUAUUGUCCAGCGAUACCAACAGGUUGCUUCGGCAUCGGCCUUCCCCUGGAAUACCACUAUUGCCAUCGAGAAGCUGGAAAUACAACUGGACUUGGGCUCCACACUCGGCAGGGCUCAAUUCACGAUAGAUAAUGUGUGGGUUUCAUCAAACAAGACCUCUGACAGCGAACAAAGCAUGUGCAUCAACUUUGAUAGCGUGAGCAUCGAGAGCAAGGGCCGCAUGAGUGGUGUGGUUGAGCUCCAGACGUUCAAGGUUCGCACCUCAAUCCAAUGGCCUGAGGAUACCCGCAAGGCUGGACAUACUCCUCUCAUCCAGGCUUCAAUUGCUUUUCACCAUCUUCAGGCCAAGGUGUCUUUCGACUAUCAGCCUUUCCUGGUUGCACAUAUUGCCAUGUUCGAUUUCUUGAUGUAUAACGUGCGCGAGGCCACCGGGGAGCACAGCCAGCGACUUUUCAGUAUCCUGGAGGGAGACGAGGUUCAGGUCUUCUGCACGUCCUUGACAGCCUCCCAGGCACUUGCUCUCUACCAGGCCUGGCAGCGACUGGUGCAGGAUAAACAGUCCGCGUAUCAGGCAUCUCUAUGCGAGGUGGAGCGAUACCUUCGGCGCAAAUCAACUGCCGUCCCUGCUCGGAUGGAUGCCCAAACGAAAGAACUCGCUAGGCACGACGAAGAGUCUGAGCGGGCACCUAUCUCACUGCAUACCGGGGUGGUUGUCAGCAUUCGCCAUGUCAAUCUUGGUGCGUUCCCAAGCACCUUCUUUGACAACCAGAUCUUCAAGGUUGAGGCUUUUGAUGCCCAAGCUCGGUUUGCCGUUUCAUUGGAAUCCAAUAAGAUCCAUAGUGCUCUGGGCCUUACAUUAGGCCAGCUCCGGGUGGCGCUUUCCGGUAUCAGUCGCCCCAGCUCCGCCCAGCUGGAAGAACUGUCGGUGGAUGAGAUUGCCCAACGCGCCGCUGGUUCUCGAGGCGGCACCAUUCUGAGGGUGCCCCGACUGGUGGCCACUAUGGAGACCUGGCAGGUUCCAGGGACCAAAGAGAUCGAGUAUAUCUUCCGCAGCACCUUCGAGGGCAAAGUGGAUGUUGGUUGGAACUACUCGCGCAUCAGUUUCAUCCGCGACAUGUGGGAGACUCACUCGCGCGCACUCGCCUCUCGACUUGGGAAACCCCUACCACCAUCGGCAGUUCGCAUCACCGGUGGGCCCACCGGCAGCGCCGAAGGGGCUGGCGCUGGUCCCGAACAGCGGGAAAAGAUUACCGCCGUGGUCAAUGUGCCACAGUCCAAGUAUACCUACACAGCUCUGGAGCCGCCCAUCAUCGAAACGCCGCAGCUGCGCGACAUGGGCGAGGCGACACCGCCACUGGAAUGGAUUGGGUUGCAGCGUGACAAGCUGCCCAACGUCACGCAUCAGAUUAUUAUUGUGACGCUUCUGGAGAUUGCGAAGGAGGUGGAGGAUGCCUACGAGACGAUCUUGGGAUCAUAA